AUGGCCCUGUGGGCACGCUUUCUGCCUCUGCUGGCCCUGCUGGCCCUCUGGGGGCCUGAGCCGGCCCCGGCCUUCGUAAACCAGCACCUGUGUGGCUCCCACCUGGUGGAGGCGCUGUACCUGGUGUGCGGGGAGCGCGGCUUCUUCUACACGCCCAAGGCCCGCCGGGAGGUGGAGGACCCUCAGGCCUCAGCCUCGUCCCCCUCCACCUCCACGCCGAUCCGGCCAGAGGGUCUGGGCACCACAGCCAGAGCACCCCCUGCUUUGGCGUCGACUGCUAAUAUUGGCCCAGCCAGCGGAUCAUCGUCCGGGCAGGUUCGACAGAGAGCCUUGGGAACCAGAGACUCCCCGGUCCUCUUGAUCCACCGUCCAGGAGCUGCGGGGACUACACAGCGUGUCAAGUACAGGGGCCGAAGAGUCACUGCUGAGCUCGUGAGAGAGGAGGUGGCUUCCAGCCCCCAGCCCCGGGGUCCUCCAGCUCAGCCCCCUGCUCAGCCUGUGCCGCAGCCUGAGCCCCAGCAGUCCAGAGCGGCCCGAGAACCCAGCCCCGAAGUGAGCUGCUGUGGCCUGUGCCCCAGGCGAUCCCCACGCGUACAGAACUGA